GGUGCUGUGAGCAGGAAGUGAUGGGUCAUGUGACAGGCUGUGCUGCUUGGAUUCGACAGCCCAGAAGUGCAGAAUGCAGCAGUACGGAGUGUUGGCUCCUGAGCUCUCCCCGAACCGUCACUCCAUCAGACUCCCUUCUGCCUGAUUAUUCCCUGCAGCACAAUUCUGAUAUUCCCACGGGGCCCCAGAGCCAAUAAGAUCUCCCCAGCACUGGAGAGGUAUCACAAGGGGUUAAUCAUGUGUGAAGCUGCUUUUGGACUGGUCCCUGUGUCCUUCGACGAGGUGGCCGUGUAUUUCUCAGAAGUUGAGUGGUGCUUUCUGUCUGACCAGCAGCAGGACCUGUACAAGGAGGUGAUGCUGGAGAACCUGGAGUUGGUGUUGUCACUGGGACACCAGUACCGCCCUGCUGUGCCCCACCAUGUGCUCCACGAUGUGCCCCACCAUGUGCCCCACCAUGUGCCCCACCAUGUGCCCCACCAUGUGCUCCACGAUGUGCCCCAUGAUGUGCUCCACGAUGUGCCCCAUGAUGUGCCCCAUGAUGUGCCCCAUGAUGUGCCCCAUGAUGUGCCCCAUGAUGUGCCCCAUGAUGUGCUCCAGGCUGUUCCUGCCCAUGGCUCCUCCUUUAUUCUGAGCACUGGCAAGUAUUUAGAUGAGUUUAGCCCUUACACCCCUGAAGAUGGAUCGGAGCAGGAUCAAGUCAUUCUGAGGGAGCCUUGUGCUGGAACAGACAGUUGCACCCAAACAACUGAGAAGAUUCCCAACAGCUAUUCUGCUUGUCUUGUAAAUAACGAGCCAGCCCCGCCGGAGCAAAAAAAGCGGCCAUCCAAUAAAAACCUCCACAAGUGUUUUGAGUGCAAGAAAGUCUUUGGCAGUUGGUCGCACCUCUUGGCUCAUUGGAGGAUCCACGACCGAGAGAAGAUCCACAAGCAAAAUAAAAGCCAAAUACCAACCCAUCAGGCCAAUGCAACUCCCCAUGAACCUAAAGGGCUUGAAACAAGGUUGUACGAGUGCACAGAAUGUGAAAAAACAUUCAGCAACCAGUCUGUGCUUUCCUUGCACCAGAGAACGCACACCGGGGAGAAGAUCUUCAAGUGCACCGAGUGUGAGAAAAGCUUCAUGAAAAGAUCGCAGCUGAUUGUGCAUAAAAAGUGCCACAUAGAAGAGCGGCCGUAUAUGUGUACAUUUUGCGAGAAGGGAUACAACCAGCAUUCAAAGCUGAUCGAGCAUAUAAGGACUCACACGGGGGAGAAACCAUUCACCUGCACCGAGUGCAAAAAAAGCUUCACCAAAAGGUGUAACCUGACCGAGCACCUCAGGAUUCACACGGGAGCAAAACCACACAAGUGCAAUCUGUGCGAUAAAACCUUUCACUACCCUUCAAACCUGGUGGAGCAUCAGAGAACCCACACAGGGGACAGGCCCUUUCAGUGCACCGAGUGUGACAAGAGCUUCAUCAAGAUGUCUAAGCUCAUGGUCCACCUCAGAAUCCACACAGGAGAGAAGCCUUACAAGUGCAGUGAGUGCGACAAAAGCUUCAGCCAACAGUCCAACCUCGUGGUUCACCAGAGGACUCACACCGGGGAGAGGCCAUUCCAAUGCAGUCAUUGUGAGAAGAGUUUCAGCUAUCAUUAUGCGUUUGUUGUCCACGAGAGAACCCACACUGGGGAGAAACCCUACAAAUGUUCUAUGUGUGAUAAGGCUUACAGCCAGCGAUCAAACCUGAAACUGCACCAAAAAACCCAUGAGAGCAAGCCACAGCAAGACUCUCCUAACUGCGAGAAGACCUUCGAACAAGAAUCAGCCCCUAAAAUGGACCAGUUGAAUGAAAGUGCUGGGUUGGAGAAGGUGCCUGAGUUACCGGAGGCAACAAACUCGGUGGAAAGCCCAGAGGCCAUUGAUGAUUAUGAGAAGAACUACAUUCCUUGGUCUCCUCUGAGCGAGUAUCUUGGAGUAUUCUUGCCCCCAGAGAAGCAGCAUAAAUGUACUGAGUGCGAUAAGUGCUUCCUAGAAAAGUCCAAGUUGGUUGUUCACCAGAGGACUCACACUGGUGAAAGGCCUUUCAAGUGCUCCGUCUGUGACAAGACAUUUAUCCAAUGGUCCCACCUAUUAGAGCACAGGAAAAUCCACGACGGUGAUAGACCCUAUACCUGUGCUGAAUGCGGCAAGAGCUUCAUCAGAAUGUCCAAGCUCACUGUCCACCGUAGAACACACACGGGUGAGAGGCCGUACAUCUGUGCCGAAUGUGGGAAGCAGUUUAGCCAACAGUCCAACCUUGUUGUCCAUCAGAGGAUUCACACUGGAGAGAAGCCAUUCAAAUGCACCGAGUGUGAAAAGACUUUCCGCUACCAGACAGCCCUUAUUAAGCACCGGAGAAACGAUUCAUGUGAUCGAACCUAAACUGGUCCACUUCUAUGUCCUAAGAAGAGUCUGGCCUCUAGGCAAAGGCUUCAGUUGCACUUCAGCAUGAUUGGCUGCUCACGUAACAACGGAUUCACUCAAGGGAGAAGUGGCCAACGCUAGUGGAAAUUCACCAGAAGUCCAAUCGGCAGGGACAUCACCAAUUCACUUACAGGCGCAGAUGACAAUUCACUAGGGAAAGAGCGUUCGUUCGCAAUUUAUCACCAGGCGACUUUUAGCUCAGGCCAAUGGUUGUUGCUCCACAAAUUCACUAAAGUGCAGAUUUUUCUGAACGUUACCUCCUUCGCCAGAGUUGACUUCACCACUUCAGACCAGGUGAAGUGAUAAAAUGAAGUUCCGUCUUCCUCAAUCUGAUGUCAGUUACAUCAUAUCCUGUCUGCUGAAAAUGCAAUAAAGUUGAAAA